ACGUCACGGUUUUUGUCAGCUUUCGAGGGAUUAAAGAACGGAACUGAAGCAGUCUGUACCAGUCUAGGGUCUCUGCCAUUUCCAUCCCCUCCUUACUUCGCCGCCUCUCGGAUCUGUUUCCGCAGACAGUUAAAAUGCAAGGAGGACUGCGAUCGUUUUUGUCACAUGGUAGCAUCAUAAAAAAUGCAGUUCUGCAGCGAGUUCGCAUGGUGAAUCCCCUGCUGCAGCCAGUUGCCUUUUCACGGUACGAGUCUGCUGCACCUGCCCGUAUGGAGGAGCAUGGUUUUGAAAGCACCACGAUUGCCGACAUCUUGAAAGCAAAAGGCAAGAGUGCAGAUGGCUCCUGGCUUUGGUGCACUACUGAUGACACUGUUUAUGAUGCUGUUAAAUCGAUGACUCAGCACAAUGUUGGAGCAUUGGUUGUUGUGAAACCUGGAGCAGAAGCAGGAAAGGCAGUUGCAGGAAUUAUAACAGAAAGAGAUUACCUCAGGAAGAUCAUUGUGCAGGGCAGAUCGUCCAAAUCCACCAAGGUGAACAAACUUAUUACGGUCACACCUGACACCAAAGUUCUGCGAGCAAUGCAACUGAUGACAGACAAUAGAAUCAGACACAUUCCUGUGAUUAACGAUAUGGGGAUGAUGGGCAUGGUAUCCAUUGGUGAUGUGGUUCGUGCAGUGGUGAGCGAGCAUCGUCAAGAGCUUGACCGCUUGAAUGCUUAUAUAACAAGGAGGUACGCUCAGCCAGCCACCAGUUCGCGUAUGCGGCUUCAGUCUUCUCGCAACUUUGAAACAAUCAAUUUUGUUGCCCCGCGUGGCUGUGCUCUGCUUGACUCUCUGACCGACUGA